AUAAGGUUGAAUAAACCCCCCGCCGAGCGGAACUUACGUCCAGCAACAAAACCCUCUUAAACCCGGAGGAGGUCUCCGCUCCACACAGACCAGUACCAGCACCAGUACGACCACCAGCACCACCAGUACGACGACCAGCACCACCAUUACGAGCACCAGCACCGCCAGUACGACCACCAGUAGGACGACCACCACCGUCCACGUAGAUCUCCGCGCCGUCGUUCACAACCCGAGAUGAAGGAAGUUCUCUUCUGCGUUGCGCGCCUCCUUGUGCUCUUGUCCCUGUUGGCCGCCAGGCUCGCGCAUGGAGGCAGACCGCCGCUCGCUUACCUGGAGGACUGCGACGACAACACUUGCUUCCUCCUGUUCCCCGGGGCGCACGACUUCGCGGGCGCUCGGGACGCCUGCCGUGCGGAGGGCGGCAUUCUCGCGACGCUGCCGUCGGCGGCGGAGGCGCGCAGGGUCCAGGAGUUACUGCUGCGCGCGGGCAUCGGGAGGUUCUGGAUUGGCCUGACCCUCGCGGAAGGCCGGUGUCCCACUAACGACUCGGCAAAUUACGGCUACGAGUGGGUGACCGAGGCCGCCGCUGGAAUCUCCUCAAACUGGACGGGGGUCCCGGACAGAUGUGACCGCAAGUGCGUGUCCGUCUCGACGGACGGCGCGUGGCAGCAGGAGUCGUGCGAGGGGACUCUGGACGGGUUCCUGUGCUCCGCGCCGUUCGGCUGGUGUCGCGUCGCGGACCGGUCGGCCGAACCGGGAGUGCACUUCGCGUUAAACGGUUCAACGCACGCGCGGAAAACCCCAGGUGGAACCCUGUGGACGACCCGAGGGGAGAAGGGCUCGCGCUACUUCGACUCCAAGUGGCUGUGCGGGCACGGCAAGUGGUGGCGCGCGCCGUGGUUCUGCGAGGUGGAGACCGGCGGCUGCUCCCACACCUGCGUGAACAACAUGUGCACGUGCCCCGACGGACAGAAGCUGCACUCGAACAACGUCACGUGCGUCGACGAGCGCGAAUGCUCCGACACCGCGGACUGCACUGGGGAGCACGUGCAGUGCCGGGAGCGGCUGGAGGGGGGCGGGUCCGAGUGCUCGUGCAUGGACGGCUACGCCAUGGAGGACGGGGCGUGCAUGGACGUUAAGAUCUGCGAGCUCUGCGAGCACAUGUUGUGCCCCACGGUGGAAGGGGCUAAGGUAUGCACGUGCCGCUCCGGGUUCGUGGUGUCCCGGGAGAACGCCACCCGCUGCGACCCCCACUGCGACAGGCCCGAUUGCCCCGCCCACUGCGUGGUGGACACCAAGGGGCGGUCCCAGUGCCGCUGCCCGUCGGGCUAUGUCGUCGACGACGAGCUAAGCGCUGCCCCGCUGUGCGUACGGAUUGACGAAUACGACAACUACUCAAAUCCCACCGACCCCAUCCCGGGCACCAGCGAGGGGCCGGGCCCCGGCGAAGUGGUGGGGCCCAGUGGAGGGGUGAGGCCCAGCGCCCCCCCGCCCGCCCUCCCGGCCACAGGGGUCCCGGGCUACGUGCGGGUGGGCGCAGCCCUGGGCAUCACGGCGUUCGUGGCGGCGGCCAUGGCGGUUCUGUACCUGCCGCUGCGCUGUGCGCUGCGGCGCGCCAGCGGCACGCUGGAGCUGAGCCCCGACGGCGGCGGGCUCACCCUGCAGCAGGUCACCACCGAGAAGUACCAGCGCUUCUCCUUCGACAAGCAGAGCCGCGAGACCCCGGGGUGGUGACUCCCCGGGGGCCGCCCACCCCCCACCGAGGACCCGCUCUACGGACCGAUCAGGGACCGGUUCUGGUGUCGGUGGAGCCAGGACCAGACUGGGACCCUUAACUCACCGACACCCCCCUCCACAGGGGGCUCAGAGGCAGAGCGGGGGCUUGAGAGCGGAGCCUCCCUGGAGGGUGAGGGCCCCUCACCUGUAGAGGGUGAGGGCCCCUCACCUGUAGAGGGUGAGGGGCCCUGACCGCUUCCUGGAUCUGAACUCACUGUCAGUCACCUCGAUAUUAAAGGUUGGGUAUGGAAUUUUCUUUUUCGGCAAUUUUUGCAAAAUUACUUGAAAUCCUUAUCAUAACCCACUUACAGCCUCUGAGUUAGAAGUACUGACAUGAAAAUUAAACAAUUCAAUCAUCUGUGGAACGGGCAGGGCUCGGAAAACUCCAGCCAAUGAUUUCCAGAACCACCGAGUGGCAUUGGACAGUAAGUACGUCAAUCAAACGGUCGUACUGCACUCCCCCUCCCCCCGCGCGUGACCCCUUCGUGCACGUACUCAAAGCUCGUGACCCAGAGCAAGCUUCUGCUUGUUGUUAUCCUGCGGCAGCUACUGGAGCUAGCUAACUAGCUAAUCCACAUUUGGACCUAGCACUAGAAGACCUAGCACUCCUUCGCGCUGUCAGCGUUGAAGGAGAGGGGUUAGGACCAUUUGAGUUGUGUAUUUUCAAAAUCUGCUGGCGUUUCGCAAAUCCCAUACCCAACCUUUAACUUCUGAUAAAUUAAUUGAAACGUGAAAAAACCCUCAACGUUGCCACUGUAAUGACAUUGGCAAGAACCACCUGACGUCACCAGGGCAACACCCACCUGACGUCGCCACGGCAACACCCACCUGACAUCACCACGGCAACACCCACCUGACAUCACCCACCUGACAUCAACACCCACCUGACAUCACCACGGUAACACCCACCUGACGUCACCACGGCAACACCCACCUGACGUCGCCAUGGCUACACCCACCUGACAUCACCACAGCAACAGCUACCUGACGUCACCACGGCCACACCCACCUGACGUUGCCAGGCAACAGCCACCUGACAUCACUACGGCAACACCCACCUGACAUCACUUGGCAACCCAACCACAUCACUACGACAAUGUGAAUGUAAACAUGACGUCACGAUGGAAACAGGAACGUAAACCUGACAUUACCACGGCAACAUGAAUGUAUAUCACCAGGAUCUAACUAUAUUGUAAUACAGUAUUAGUAGUAUUGUUUGGUUUGCAUUAGUAUUUACUAUUUAUGGAUAAUUUUGUGUUGUAUUGUGAGAAGUCAAAUUGAAUUUAAUCAUAUUGUUGACUAUUACCUUUGUUUUUAUAUUUUUUAUUUUAUUUAUAUUUUAUUUUAGAAUCUGUGCUGCUGUUACAACGUAAUUUCCCUUUGGAGAUUAAUAAACUAUCUAUUCUCUCUCCCUGUGAUGUGUGAAGUUUAACACUUGGGUAACUAGCAUCAUAUGGCUAAUCAAUAUCAGAAAUCAUAGCUAGCAACAUAUAGCUAACUAGCAUCAGCUAAGUCAUAAAGUGCUACCAGGUGCUAGCAUCUGAAGUGCUACCAGGUACCAUCAAUGCAUUAGAUAAGUGCUCACCUUUACCAGAUGGAUGAUAACUAGCAUCAGCUUAGUUUUAAAAGUGCUGAAAGUGAACUAAUGUUGUCCCAGCAGUCAUAAUACGCAACGCAGAACUCCUGAGGUGAGACGACAGUUACGCCUUGUCUCCUGUUUCGCUCCGGAGAUAUCUCCGAUGCUAGGUCCAUAUUUUGUAUAACACAGAGUGCAAAAAAUGUGGACAUACUGUCGUUGACGUCCCUGAUCGGUUCACCCAGACUGUUUGGGGUGUGGAUUUACCCUCCAUGGACGGCACCAUCAUAGGGGAUCUUUUCCCCAAGCAGUGGAAACCUUACCCAUUUGGCACAUUGAGGGUCUUUCAUGGCCACCACACAGUGGUCAGUGUAUGUCACUCAUUAAUAUUCCAUCCUGAAUACAUUAAUAAUCAAAUUACUGUCAAACGUGACAAAAUACAUAAUAAUAUGGAGCCUCUGAGAUCCUUACCAAAAAAAUAAAAAAAGUAUCAUGCAACAUGAUGGGUCGAAGAUUUAAGAUUGUUAAUGUAGUAGCAUCAGAAGAGUUUGCCAGAAUUAGCUAAUUCAUAGUACCAGAUAGUUAAUUUGUAUCAAAUAAGUCCUCACUAGCAUCAUAUACGUAGGCAUCAUAUAGCAUCAUAUAAGUCCUGACUACAUACAGCCAUUACUGCUGUUAGUUGAGCUUUGGCGGAGAUGACUAGCAUGUAGCCUAGCUCAUAACUGUUUGUGGCAUUUGGACGCAAAAAGAUCCGUUCAAUUAAGACACGUGAAAAAUAUGAUUUCCUUCAGGUGAUACAAAGCCGAUCAUUUCUUUUUUUUUUUCAGUUAGAAGCUUAGUGUCGCCAUAUGUUGUAUUUUGUGAGGUCCCAUUCGCUGGUUUUAUGUCGUUAAGAAAUUAUAACCUUAGUAAAUUAAUUCGUUUUGGUCGUAAACUAUAACAAAGCCCCGCCCUUAAAUAAGAACCGUUUCCUGCAGAUGGUUGCUGACAUCGAUGGUUCUGUCGGUAUAAGGGUGACUUCACAGAGGCUACACGUCCAAAUGGCCUUUAAAUUCACUUAAACUAACGUAACUUGAUAUUCCCGUUGGCAUUUGAGUUCACAUGGUACGAGUUACUGAGCAUCACAUAUUCACAAACCACACACAUCAGAGAAUAAACAAGUGAAUUAAAAAAGUGUAAAGUGUCUAAGCUGACUCACUGAGGUCAUAAAAGAUCCCAGGGCAUUUAACGCAAAGAGGCGGGGGUUUCCCGUUGUCCUUGCUAAAAAUGCCCAACCAGGCUCAUUCAAUCUGGCACCCUA